CCAGUUACAGAGAAGUCUCCAGUUCGAGUGCUACAGUAGCAGCGUUUCUUUGCUACUUCCAUGCCCGCUUGUGUAAUAUUUUAACAAGGGGAUGGUUGGACUUCCGACGUGUGUUUGAAGUGAAUAUCGCCUGAGUGACUUUAGACCCUGUGUAUGUACCAGGAAGUCGAUCCUUUACGCUCUUGAGCUGUGGUUGUGUGAAAGACGCUGUCUGCAUUCUGUAGAUGCGGGGACUGAUUUGUCUGGAAUGGCACUUUAAUCUCGCAUACCAUGGCUUCUAAAGAAGAGCUUUACAGCAAAGUUGUGCCCCGAAAGAAUAGGCAGAACCGACCCGGGACCGUUAAACAUGGGUCAACACUCGAGGUCUUUUUAUCAAUGGGAUUCCCUAAAACCCGGGCACUAAAGGCGUUAGCAUCCACAGGCGGGAAGAGUGUCCAGGCAGCUUGUGAUUGGCUGUUUUCACAUGUCGACGACCCCUUCCUGGAUGACCCUCUUCCUCGGGAAUAUGUUCUUUACCUGCGUCCCACUGGACCAUUGGCCAACAAGCUUUUUGAGUACUGGCAUCAGUCACGACAAAUGUGUGGCAAAAACAAGGCACACAACAUCUUCCCCCACAUCACCCUCUGCCAGUUCUUCAUGUGUGAGGACAGUAAAAUAGAUGGUCUCUGUGAAGCUUUGCAGAACACAGUGAGCCGCUGGAAAGAGACCUUUCCUCUCCCCCUUCCCCUGGAGCUGUACACUUCAUCAAACUUUAUCGGCCUCUUUGUGGAGGAGCAGAGUGCAGAAAUCAUCAAGAAAUUUGCUGCAGAUUUUGCAUCAGAAGCUGCAAAUAAAGCAGAUGUGCAAGUGGAACCCCACAAGAAGCAGCUUCAUGUCACGCUUGCCUAUCAUUUCCAGCCCAAUCACCUGGCCACACUGGAGAAAUUAGCUCGUGGCGUAGACCUGAAGUUGGGCUGUGAUUGGGUAGCUGCCAUUUAUUCUCGCGAUAUUCGAUUUGCUAACCAUGAGACUCUGCGGGUGAUGUACCCAUACACACCUCAGAAUGAUGAUGAGUUGGAAUUGAUGCAGGGUGAUUACAUAUUCAUGUCCCCAAUUGAACAGAGCAGCACCAGCGAGGGCUGGAUCUAUGGCACCUCCCUGGCAACAGGCUGCUCAGGGCUACUUCCAGAGAACUACAUAGCCAAAGCGGAUGAAUCCGAUACAUGGGUCUUCCAUGGCUCUAAUUCAUUUUUAACUGUGACUGCCCCUGCUGGUGCCAGCCAAUGCGACAGAGCUUUUCGGAGGAGAUGCCAGGAGGAGCAGGGACCGGGCGAGGCUCUCUCAUUGCCAAUGAAUGUUAUCUGUCAACCAAUGCCAAUGGUGUCCAAAAACUCCCGGACCUGUCCACAGAAGCGGGAUUUGUAUGUCUGCCGGCAUGGGGAGAGGAUGGAUGUGGUUUUUGGAAAACACUGGCUGACUCAGUGCUUCGAUGCAAAAGGUAAUUACAUACGGUCUAAUUUGAACAUGCCACCAAUUCUACCUCAGAGAAGUGGCGGCUACCGGGACUAUGAGAAAGAUGCUCCCAUCACUGUGUUCGGCUGUGCACAAGCUAGGCUUGUCGGCGAGGCUUUACUGGAGAGUAAAUCAACCAUUGAUUAUGUCUACUGCUCACCUUCACUACGCUGUGUGCAGACAGCGUUCAACAUACUGAAAGGACUUCAGCAGGAAAACCAGAUAAAACUUCGGGUGGAACCUGGACUGUUCGAGUGGACUAAGUGGGUCUCUGGAAAUACUUUGCCAGCGUGGAUGUCAACAGAGGAGCUUGCAGCAGCAAAUCUGGGAACUGAUACAACCUACAGGCCACAUUUUCCCACAAGCAAACUGGGGAUUUCAGAAUCAUACGAGACUUACAUUAGCAGGAGUUGCCAGGUGAUGAGGGAUAUCCUGGCAGAAUGUAAAGUCAAAGGUAACUGUGUCCUGAUUGUAGCUCAUGCUUCCUCCCUUGAGGCUUGCACUCGGCAGCUCCAGGGUCUUUCUGCACGCAAUUCCAAGGACUUUGUUCAAGUCGUUCGAAAGAUCCCGUAUUUGGGUUUCUGCGCCUGUGAAGAGUUAGAAGAUGCGGGUAUAUGGCAACUGGUAGAUCCUCCCAUACUACCACUCACACACGGUCCCAAUCACAGUUUUAGCUGGAGGGAAAUUUUACACCAGGACUGAAAUUGAGGAAAAGAAGCCCAUCCAUAACUGGAAGAUAGAGCCAUUAAUAGCAUGUGCUUCCACUAACUACAUCAUCACCUUUCCACAUACUGUAUGAUCAGGUUCAUUCCACUGCCACAAUCAAUAUAAUAUAUGAUUCAACACCCAUCUGAUGCCCUGUAGUUUUAAUUAAUUAGUUGACUUAUAUGCCUGUACAAUACUUCUGUGUUUUGACAGGAAUGUUUUUCAUUCAUCUAAUUAGAUUACGAAUGAUAUAUAUUACUUUGGUGCCAAAGGUAAGGGACAUGAUAAAAUUCUGAGGCCCGGUUUAAAUGGAACUUCCAUGAAAAUUUUAAAAUUCAGAAGUAGUUGAGGGAUCUUUUGGUUGCUUUGGGUCAAUAAUUAUAUUUUGAAAGGUUUGUGACACAGUUUCACUGGAACCUGUAGUGUAUGGGAGUAAUAACUGGGGCUUAGGAUUCUAUACACUUAGCUUCACAGGCAACAACGGAUGAUUUAAUGCAUUUCAUUAGAGCAAAGCUGACUAGGAUCCCUGCUUCUUACACACGAAUGCACGGGAUUUUACUUAUCUCUGAUUCAUGAGCCAGUCAAGUGAUUUAUUUCUUUCUCUUCUUUGCUGAUUUAAGUGAAGCCAAAUAACAAGGUAUUUUGUGAAUUAAAGCCAAAGGAAUGGCUCAUGAGAUAUUACUGAAAUAAAGUCCACAAUCAGAUACUUAAAAUAUAGUGAACUUUCACCCUUAGUUACUAGAUUACAAUAAAGAAGAGAUCCUAUUUAUUGCAUGUAUUGUUUGAGGAAUCUGCUUUAAUGAUUGUCCUGGAAACAUAAUCAUAUGAAAUUUAAUCAAAGAUGCAUUCUGUCAGCAGAGAAUUUUUAAUUCUGGAUUUGGAACAAGGAGCCUACUCUCAAACGAAAUGUGGUUUACAGGCUAGCCAUAACACUGAGAGCCUUGAUUCUACCAUUGGUGUUCUGUGCAAGCAGGAUUCUGUACUGGGAGUGCAGGAUCGGGAAUCAGUCCAAAUGUUUUAACUGAGAUCACAUAUUAUGGGUGAAGUAUGACUAAAGUAAGCCUUGAAAAUAUGGAAUCAUGCAUCUGAGUCCCCUUCAUAGUUAAUUCCUUACUCCACUACUUAAAUGUAGGUUUGAUCCUUCUCUCUUCAUUAAACAGAACUCUUCAAUGUGAACAUAUUCAUCUUUCUUGCACUAUGCUUCACGUGUAUAAUUUUAAGAAAGGUAUGUCAUAGCUGAGAGCCUUAUAAUAUGUUUCAUUGACUUUUUCUGACAAAUUUCAAUUUCUGAUGAAUAGUUUUAUUUUCCUCAGGGUAGAGAUUUCCAGCCUGAUUUGUUCCUCAUCUGAAAGGGGAAGGUAAUUUUAGUCUUUAGUAAUUUGUGAUGGGUGUUGCAAAGCAGUCCUCUCCAUUAUAGAAACAGCUGAAUUUCCAAGCAAAUUGUUUAAAUGGGGUGAACAGAAAGAUAAGUUUCACACUGGGUGUUCAAAUGCUAACAUGACGUUACCUGGGGGGAGAAUAGUAAAUGUAUCCCCUUGUGAUUUUUAUUUUAGAUAUUGCCUCAGUCCUCACGUAGAAAAUUGUCCUGUGAGUUUAAGUAACACUGAAAGGGUUAAAAAUACCAAAUGUGAUUUUUUUUUUUGUUUUAUGGGUAUGGGUUAACUAGAGAGAAAUGGUUACCUCUGAAAUUUCUGGACAGCCUCUUUGAUUCUCAAACCAAAACUGGAUGUUUAUUUGGUGAAAAAUCUUGUGAAACAUUACACUGUUGUGUGUGGAUAUUUGGAUAAUUUGGGAACAUGAUACUGCUAUUUGCACUGCUGCCUCAUAGCACCAAGGAUCUAGUUCAAUUCUAGCCUUGGGCGACUGUCUGUGUAGAGUUUUCACAUUCUCCCAUGUCUGCAUGGGUUUCCUCCAGGUGCUCCAGUUUCCUCCCACAGUCCAGAAUGUGCAACUUAGGUAGACUGACAAUGCUAAAUUGCCCAUAGUGCCCAGAGAUGUGCAGGCUAGGUAGAUUAACCAUGGGAAAUGCAGGGUUACAAGGAUAGUUAAGGGGGUGGGCUGCUCUUUGGAGGGAUAGCGUGCACUCGAUUAGCCAAAUGGCUUGCUUCCACACUGUAGGGAUCCUAUGAUUUGUGAGGUGGUAUUCAAUCAUCACAGUCUGUUGGUGUUUAGAGUUUGCAUAAUCAUUUCAGCUGCAAGAAGAAGAUUAAACUGUUGGCCCCUAUUUUGCAUAAACUGUGUGCUGGAAGUCCCUUCACAUUAAAUUCUCUAAGGAGAUAGUUAAACCAAAAACAAAACUUGAUUGAUUCUUUUGAAGUUGUGUAAUGUAUUUCUGCUUGGUUUCCACUCUCAAGCAAGUGGUUAAAAUAUGAUUUUAAGCAUUUGAUCACAAUUCCCUGGGAUGGAGAGUUUGGGGCCAUGGUCUGUGAAUGUUGAGUGAUCCUUCUGUUUUGUUCUGGAGGCACUAGGCUUUUGGGAUAUAGGCCUGUACAGGGCUGUGGUAUCCUUUAUCUGUAUCAGUUUGUAUUUGAAAUUCUUUCAGUAAAGGCUGUCUGCUUAAAGUUAUAUUUUAAAAGCUACAUGUGUGGGUGAGGUAUGGUUGUGGCCGAGGGACUGAAGAUUCAGAAAGGGACAAGUAGAAUGUGAAACAGUUGAUUUCAGAAACUCUAAAUACUUCUCCUUCAAUAGUUUGUUAAAUAUUGUCCAGUAAGAUGCUUGCUUCACAUAGACCAUGGAAAUUCCAGGUUUGUUUAUUUGACUUGUUUUGAGAUAUCUGAUGUUCAUUGGGCUACAGUGGGGAUGAGUAGCUCUUCCUUGGCUGUUGAGAAUAUGAAAUUUGUUAGGGAUCCUAUUCUAGACUGAGGUCAUUGUGAUGAAGAAGAAAUUGAAUAGUUUGUUGACAUAUACUGGUAAAACUCGUGCAUGAACACAAUCGAUGAGGGGAAGAUAUGGGUGGACAGCUACAAUUAUAACCCAGCAAUAGAUUGAUAGCUAGAAGCUUUGCUGAACUUCCAAACACAACCACAUGAUCACUAAAACUACCUACCUCCUACCAUUGUAACAUUUCUCAACUCCACAACUGUGUCGGCAUAUCUGUUGUGAAACCCUCAUCCAUGUCUUUACGGUCUCUAGAAUUUGACCAUUUUAAUACACUGCUGGUCAGCCUCCAAAAUUCUACACUUCAUUAAUGUGAGGUAAUCAAAACUCUGUUAACUGUGUCUUAACUCCUACCAGGUCUCACUUACUGCUCUGCUCGAUGAAUUACACUGACUCCCACUUAAGCAACAACUUGAGAUUUAAGAAGAAACAUUUCAGCCUUUUUUUCCCCAUUUUCUCCAGAUCCAUUAUCUCCCCAAUGACCUCUAGUCCCAAAAACCCUCUGAGAUAUUUUCACUUCUCCAAUUUUAGCCAAGCUACUAUCCCUUAUUUUAAUUCAUUGGUAGUUGUGCUUUCCAAUGAAUAAGGCCUUCGUCUCUAGAAAUGUCUUUCUGAUAUGUAUGCCUCCUUUAAAAUGAUACUUGUAAUCUACAUUUUGACCAAACUUUUGGUCAUCAGCUCCAAUAUCUCCUUAUGUGGCUCAAGUGCCAAAUUUUGCUUGAUAAUGAAAUUGUCAUCGGCAGCAACAUCAGAGAGCAUCAGUUCUGGCUAUCAGCUCGUACAGAGAGCAGGACAGUUGAUUCUUGGAGCCUCACAGAUUACUUGACUAUUGUAUUAAACAAGACAUGUGUUGCUUCAAUGUUUUUAUCACAGAACUAGACCUUAUAUAUUUUUCCACAAACUGAACUAGGAUCUCCUUCUACACCCACUAGUGUCCUCUGACUUUCCCCAAGUAGUCACAGAAUAUAAAAGCUAAUACCCGAUCAGGAUAGCUGCUGCCCCUGACGAGGACUGAUGCUGGCCAGGCGCUGCACUCAAUGUCAUCAACGUGUCCUUGACAUAGGGUCUGCAUCUGGGAUGGUUGGUUCCCGGAGUUUUCGAUGGCUGUAUGCCCUGAGGGUCUUCUUUUUAUUCUUUCUUUUAUCUCUCUCAAGUUGUGUUGUCUUCUUUCCGUUGUCUCAAGCUAAUUCACUUAUCGCAUGCCUUUACCUUAUUGGUCCUGGCCCUGACACUUAGGUAGUAUUACCUCAUGGCUUCUUGUCGAAAUAAGGCUUUUGCAAUACCUCAUCUUUCUCAAUUUUUGCAGAACUGGGUUGGUACCAAGUGGUUCCAACUGGCUCAGGCCAGCUCCUGGACCUAGGUCAUUCUCAGUUCACAAGCUGUUUUUGUGCUUGUCCGCAGUGUCACACUUAGCAUUCUGAGCAAUAUGUCGUGAGCUGGUAUCCUCUCUUUCUCUCUCUACAGCCUCUGGCUAACAGAAAUAAAAACAUAAAAUGCUGGAAACAUUCACCAGGUCUUGCAGUCUUCAGUUAAUUCACCUAAACAUUAACUCUGUUCCUCCACAUGUUUUGCUAGACCUGGUGAGGAUUUCCAACUAUUUGUUUUUAUUUCAGUUUUCCAACAGCAGCAAUAUUUUGCUUUUGUUGAUAUGUCUGUGAAAUACCUUGGGGCAGUUUACUAUGUUAAAAUGCUAUAUAAAUGCAAAUUGUUGUUGAAAGAAAUUUCAGUUACAUUAAUGCCAGAAAUUAAUGACUCUGCUCCCUCAUUGUCAAUGUCCUGUACAUUUCAAGGAGCACUGUUGUCUAGCAAGGAAUGAUGAUCUGGACAUUCCCAAGCUUACUAACAAUGUUAAACCUAGCAAUGUAUCUGCAUUAUGAAACAAGUCUGUUUAGAUAAGAAAAAAAGUUGGAUUAAUUUUCCAUGUUAAUCAUACAGCUAUACCAUAAUGGCUAAAGACAGACAUGUAGAUGCAGGUGUUUCUGACAAUCUUCGUAGUUUAGUUUUUCCCAAAAUUUCCAUCCAGAAUCUUGCACGUAAUACUUGACACCUUUUAUACGUAACUUUGUCCUGUCUCAGUCAAGACAUUUCUAACAACGAAGGUGGAGAAAAAAUUUUCUUUGCACUCUCUGUAAAAAGUGAUAAAUAGACUCCAAUAUUCCUUAACAAUUAAUUGUACAAAAACAGCCAAGUCCAGUCAACUAAACAUUUUUUUUCCUCAGAUGGAUGCUAUUUAUCAACAUUCACUUUGCAUUUAAAGGAAGAGUAGAAAUAUCAAAAAAACGCUUGACGCUUUGUGAAAAGAUAGUAAGGUGGGUGAAAUUUAACUUGGAUGGAUCACAAAAUCAACAGUAUGGCUUUUCCUGCCACUUAUGCAUGUGGUUUGCUAUCCAGUUCCAUUUGUUUUAAUGAAAACAAACAUUGUAGAGGGUAAGUAACUAGGGGAAAAUAUGGUGCCAACAAUUUUUUGUCCUCACCCAAGUUCAGUUUCGCCUUCAGGGUUUUCCACGAGUGAGAGAGUGGGUCCUCUUAUAAAUAGGCUGCUGUUGAGCAUUACAAAAUAUUGGCUUGUUGGGGGCAUUCAUCAGCAGGAGGGAGAAUCAACUGAAGGGCAUGAAAUUCCAAAGGAUGUCUGUUCAUGACUGUGAACAAUUUGUUUUGUAUAAUUGAACAUAGCCUCUUAACCAGUCAUAAAGAAUUUCUGACUAAAAUAAAAGCAAAGAACUCUGGAAGCUGGAAAUCUGGAUCAAAGACAGAUAUUUCUGGAGAAACACAGCAGUUCUGGCAACAUCUGUGGUGAAAAAAACAAAGUUAACAUUUUGUGUAUUCUGAAGAAGGGCCACUGGACUUGAAAUGUUAAUUCUACUUUCUCCACACAGAUGCUGCCAAACCUGAUGAGUUUCUCCAGCGAUUUCUGUUUUUUGUGAUAAAGAUGUAUAGUCAGUCAGUUCUGGAACGUGGGGUAUGGCCACUGAAAACUUUGGUGUUGAUGAAGAAAUGGAGGAGGGUAUACCUAAUGAAUCUAAUUCAGAAGAACAGAGAGUGUUGAGUUAGUGUAUUAGGAUGGAGAAGAUUAAAAAUACCAAUUUAACAUUGGUGAAGCUUGAAAUGCAUUGGAGGAUGAAUAUUCAACUGAUUAAAGUAGACAGCGGUAGCCAUGCCAGUCAGAAGUCUGAGUCAUUACAAGAAAUGUGGUUGCCUUUUUGGAAGCAAACAUGUUUAACCAAUACCAUACAGCUGAAGUGUAGAACAGAAGUAGCAAAAGUGAUAGAUGUAUUAAUUCAAUCAAAAUAUUGUUACAAUUGUGAAGUUUAUAAAUUUAUCAUGUUUAAAUUGAGGGUGAAUGAAGGGAGUCAUAAGACCUGUUCUGAAGUUUUUCUGACAUUAAGUCUGCAAGGUUUGAUUUGUUAGAGAUUAAAGGAAGGCUGAGAUUGCUUUACUAAGAAGGAACAAGUUAUUUCCACCUGGAUACAAAGGCAGAAGUCACUGAGUUUGCAAUAAGUAGACAGAGUCUCAAAUUGUAGCUAUCAGAUUGUAAACAGUUGUGAUAUAAACUAUCCAGUUACUUUCAAGAUGAAAAAGCAUUGCAUAAAGUGUUUCAUGUUGCCACGUGAAAGUGGGUAGAGAAAGCCAUUUUGAGAUCAGGUUACAGGCAUCUCUAAAAUAAAUUCAAUAAAUAACAGAGACUGCAGAGGUUCCAUGUAGUAAGCAGAGAGAAAAAUGCUAUGAAACUGAGGAAAGCGCCUGGAGACAGUCUCUUGGAGUUACUACUUGGCAAAAGGUGAUGUAGGAACCCAUUCAAAGUUAGGAACAACGAUUGACUUUCUGCUAAAAGGACUGUAAUUCAAUGGAUAUUGUAUGGUAAUUAUAAAAAAGGAAUGUUUAUCAUUGUUAUUUAAAGUACAAGUUGUUUGUAAAAAAGAAAGCAGUGCUUUUAGUCAUUGGUUGCAGUAAAAAAUUUUAAAAUGAACAAUCCUUACAAGACAGGAGAGAGAUUUAAGAAAGGCAUGAGGGGCAAAUUUUUUACACAAAGGAUCGUUCCUAUGUGGAAUGAACUUCCUAAGGAAGUGGUGGAUGCAGGCACAGUUAUAACAUUUAAAAUACACUUAGAUAAGUACACAAAUUGGAAAGGUUUGGAGGGAUAUGGGCCAGACAAGGCAGGUGGGACUGGUUUAGUUUGGGAUUAUGUUCAGCAUGGACCAAAGGGUCUGUUUCUGUGCGGUACGACUCUGUGAUUCUAUAUUCUUGCUGGUUAGAUUUGGAGGAUUUGGGGACCCUAGUUUUCAGCUAGAAAACCUAUACAUCUGUUUUCUCCACAGUUCCUCUCUGAUUAUGUUCAUUAAUAACAUGUUUGAAGUCAUUUUACAAUGACAUCAGUUUUCCUUUCUUCCUGCAAUCUCCAGGUCUUUAAAGUCUAUGCUUGGGGUCAACUAACCACAGCAUCCUGAUUUUAUUUAUUUUUCCUUUAUCUUUAAUAUUUGUGUUGUACUGCAUUAUGGGCCCUUGGUUUACAUCUAACUAAAUAUUGCUUGACACAAACUGAUCUGCUGUUAACUCUUCAUUAUGCCUAUAACUAGAAACUUAAAUAGUCUAAUUUUUUCAGAAAAAAAAUGAUGUAUUUACACUGUAGCUCACUCAAAAAUUGUGACAACUAUUUCGUUUCUGUGGGGAUAUGUCAUUCGUCUGUUCACCUUUGUGCAACUUUUACACCCACAGUUUAUCUAACCUGUUUUGUAUUUCCUUUUCAAUUCAUCUCUAUUCUAAAACUCCCACAUUGUGUUCUCAUGCACUCUGUUUUAGAGCAUUGUGGUUUGUGCAUCUACUGUCUAGGUGACUGUAAUCACUUGCAUUGCUGUUGUCUGCAAUCUAGGCAUGUAUUCUUGUCAUAUUUUUGCUGAGCCCUACAAUGAUGUACCAACUCUGUGUCAGCAGGAUCAUUCUGAAAUUAAUACUUUCAGCAGAAAAGACUGUUUUGAAUGAUUAGAACUUGGUUUUGUUAAACAGAAAUUAUCCAAUUCAAACUUAUCAGAAUAAAUGGUGUUUAAAUCUACUGAACUAAACAUCUUUAUCUCUGGCACAAUCAAGUUCAAGGUGAACUCCAUCUCCUUUCUUGCUUUGAAAAUGGGUUAUGUCAAAGGUCAAUCAAACACCACACUAAUUCCCAACCAAAUUCCAAGGGUCGAUCAGCCUUUUCCGUUGCUACAAUGACACUUGGUACCAUGUAAGAAUGGGACAUGGGAUGUGCCUGUUGGAAUCCAAUCCCAACUCUGUCACUAAAGGAAGACAGUAAGCCUUACCAAUUAUUGUAAAUUGACAUUGUCUACAGCUUGGCGAAGGUUCACCAACCUGACUUCUUGGUUGUCAGGAGAACAAGAUAAAGGAAAAGUUUGCACCUUUUGUAAAAUAAAAUUUCCAAAGAUUGUCUCAUAUUGAGCCUCGUUUUGGAGAUAGGUUCUUCAGUUAAGCUCUAGUACAGCUGUCGAGGCCAACUCACACCUUAUGUUUGGUCAAAGAUUGAGAGGUUGAAUAAACUAGAGUGACAGAAACAAAUUAAAAUUGGCUUACAAAUAAAUUUUAAACCUUGUAAAACAACAUUUCCAGCAGAAAUGUGUUCAGUUGACAUCAAUCAAGCAUUAGAUUGUAUUUCUUCUUUAGCAAUGUAAACCUUAUAGUAUAUAUUUUUCACAUUAGUUUUGUGUCAGAGUUGUGAGUCUUGACAGUGAGUUGAUCCUGGUUGUGUCUUGGAUCUUGUAGUCCCUUCUUUUCUCCUGUUUGUAGACUAUACAUUAGCAGACUAUAAAUAAAUUAAGGAAGAAUAUAUUAAAUUAAAUAUACACACUAUUAAAAAAAAGCCUGGCGCUUUCAUGAUUAUAUGGCAGGGCGUGGGGGGAAAGCUAGUUUUUGGCAUGUCAUUGUGUAGUAAUUUGUUUGUAGCUCUAACAGGCACACCUCAUUUCAAAUGUCAAGUCUCUUGUUCUUCUAACAAAUGCUUUAUGUAUUUAAAUUAUUGUUCCAUUUUUAUGUAUUCAGAAAUGUGUUUUCAAGAAUGUGCAAUUUUUUUGUUACAAAUGACUGCCUCGACAAUUAUUUACUGCUUCCUACUGUGUAAAUUAUGUUGCCAAAUAAAUGUUUUAUUAGCA